AUGCUGGGUGUGGUGGCUUGCACGAAGACGCUGUGGAAGACAAGCUUCGCGAGCUCGCAAGGAGCCUCCUCGUCCGCACUCCUGGAGGCUGCGCAACCCGGGCUCCGGAGUUUGCCCAGCGACUUGGAUGCUUUCUCACCGGGCUCCAUGACGCGAGAGAUGUUCCUGAAUGCCGUGGCGGCCCAGAUUAUGCUCUUUGCCGGGUUCUCCCCCACCUCCGGGCGCUGGCUCCGGGCUCCGGCUCGAAGAUCCUUCUCCCAGCGCGUGGAGAGCAUUCAGCCCACUUGGAAGGGAGGCCAAGUGGACUACUCUCCGGACGCCACGGAUGCCUCGGGUGGUCUGCCUCUGUUCAGGAUAGCAAACUCCGGCCAAACCGCGCUGAACGCUGGCUCCACAGUGGGGUCCAUGCUUGCGUCCCUCGUUGCCCGGGGCCUUCGCGACGAGGAUUUGGACAGCGAUGCGUGGCAGGCCCUCCGUGCAAUGCUGAGCUGGCGCCUUCCCGACGCUGCGCCGCCACCGCUGCCUUCUGCUUUGCUGGCUUUCUCCUUCGAUGCGACGCCGCAGUGCCACAGUCUGCAGGAUUGCUCCCUUCCUGGCCCCAGCAACGAGCUCCUCGCUGCCACGGUGGAGCAUGUCUGGAACACCUCGGAGCGUGUUGAGGUCUAUGCCCAAUGGGAGAUUGCUGCCGCGCUUCUUCGAUCCGGGCGGAUACCUCCAGGUCGAAUUCAUCCUGCCGGCGUGCCGGGGCGCUACAUGAACACCGUGCAGAUCCUGGAGGCCAUGAUGCAGGACAUCUUGCAGCAGCAGCCAGCCGCUCAGUCCCUCGUCGUGCUGGCACAUCCGGACCACUUGCGACGAGCCAUCCGAACCCUGCAGACUUUUCUGGGCAGCAAGGCCCGGACGUUCCCAGCCUGGGCCGUUGUGCCAGCGAUGGCGCCCUACAGCUUGGACUGGCCGUCGAAUCGCUCUUGCGGGUCUGCGCUGGACCUCUACUCAGGCGUCUCGGCGAUGGUGCACAGCCAGGGCCGCGAAUUUCUCACGAGCUGGUGGGCCGGCAAUCUCGGGUAUUUCCCAGAUGGCGAUCCGCAGAUCUGGGUGCACAAUCGUGAAGUCUGGGUGCUCUACGACCAUUGGGCCAUGGCCAAAGGUGAAGGCGAUGAGCAUAUUUCCGCCAUCUUUCGAAAUCCGCUGGACCAUGUCUACUCCCUGUAUUUGCAGUGCAGAUACUCCUCAUUUGGCCACGACAUGACGCUGGAAACGGACUUCCCUCGAGAUCCGGAAGAGAACCUAACCAGUGGCUACAUGCCUGCCUUGAGUCGAUGGCUGGAGCAUUUCACCUCCGAAGACACUGAGGAGUACUACAAUUGCCUCGCAAAUAUGCGAUCGCUCUUUUUUGUUGGCAUCUCCGAGCAUUACGUCGCCUCGGUGUGCAUGCUUCUUUAUCAGCUCCAGCUGGAGAUGACGAACUGCGACUGUGCCGACCAAUCCGCCUUCCAGAGUCCUGACUGUUUGGCGCGCCGGGUUCAAGCCUUAAGCCCUAAACCCCUAAACUCCCUGACCCCUAGACCCCUGGACCCCUGGACCCCUGAACCCCCAAACUCCUAG